UCAAUUUAUUUGGUUAAGACGGAUUUUUUUUCUUGAACCUGCUUCUAAAAAGUGACCACAUUCACUAUUCCCGCGACACGCGUGCUGAAACAGGAGAGUGAUUAAGAGAUGGCAACGUGACAGGUGCAGUCAGGAAGACGGUUGCAGAGUGGGAGGAGCCGAACCCGAACUGCCCAGGGACACCCUGCAUGUAGACAUGAUUCUUGGACUCCUUAGAAAGCUCGGGAGCCCCGCGAAAGCCAUUUGCGUAUUAAUGACAGAAGGAGGAUGAGUCCUGCCUGAUGUGAUUUCCCAGACAACUGCCCGACGCCACUCAGUGGCCCCGAGGGCGCGGGUGGCGCUGGCCACACCUCGGCGUUGCUGGUUGGCAGGCUUAGUUCCCUGUCCUCUUCUGAAGCCCGGUGUCAACACGGACUCAAACAAUAGCCACUCUGGCAAGAGUCCUUGACACACAAUGAAGUCGCCUUGCCGAGCUCCGCAGUGACAGCGUUGGGGUGUCCCACUCUGCGCGGCUGCCCCAGGGCAGGAGCUGGUUUCUGGCUCCGGCGCGGGGCUGGGGGAUGAUGGCCUUGGAGCCCCGAAGCGUGGCGCAGUUGGCGGGGGCCUCCUUGUCCUUGCUGGGGUGGGUCUUGUCCUGCCUUACAAACUACCUGCCCCAGUGGAAAAACCUCAACCUGGACCUGAACGAAAUGGAGAACUGGACCGUGGGGCUCUGGCAAGCCUGCGUCACCCAGGAGGAGGUGGGCACGCAGUGCAAGGACUUCGAUUCCUUCCUGGCCCUGCCCGCCGAGCUCAGGGUCUCCAGGGUCCUCAUGUUCCUGUCCAACGGGCUGGGGCUCCUGGGCCUGCUGGCCGCCGGCCUCGGCCUGGACUGCCUGAGGCUUGGAGAGUCGCGGCGAGGGCUCAAGAAAGGACUGCUGAUCCUGGGAGGGACCGUGCUCUGGGCGGCAGGGGUCGCGGCCCUGGUCCCGGUGUCCUGGGUGGCCCACAGGACGGUCCAGGAGUUCUGGGAUGAGACGGUGCCGGAGAUCGUGCCCAGGUGGGAGUUUGGGGAAGCCCUGUUUCUGGGCUGGUUUGCUGGCUUUUUCCUCCUCCUGGGAGGGGGCCUGCUGAACUGUGCGGCGUGCUCCACCCAGGCUGCCCGCGCUUCGGGCCACUACGUGGCGGCAGAAACGCAGGAUCGCCGUCAGCACCCGGAGACGAACAAAACCCACCUGAAAAUCUAAGCCAGAAAGCAUCAGUGCCGUCCACUCUUCAAGAGACGCUCACUCCUCUCUGGAUUUGGUAGGAUCUCCUGCUACACAGCCACCUAGUCACUGUUGCUUUUAAUUUUCUAAAAUGCAUCUCCCCCACCCCAACCCCGUGGCUAUUGCCUUCUUAAAUUAUCAUUUCCUUUUAAGACAGUAAAACACUUUUAUCUUCUCUUCUGAGUCCAAAACCACUCAAGACUUAAUAGUAAUCACACUCAUUACUGGGGAUGAGUUUUCUCAAUUUUAAAAUAGAUGCAGUGAUUGCAGAGAACUGGUAAAUAAAACAUUAUAUUAGUGCUUACAUAUCUUUGAAGGUGUUAUUCAUAGAGAUGAAUCAUUUUGGCAAUUGGGAAUGUUACUGCUAGUCAUUUACUGUGUUCAAGUGUGUAAAAUCCCCUAUUAUAUUGAAACUGAAGUCCUUGCAUGUUUAUGGAGAAUGUACAUUAGAGCAUACUAAAAAAUUGCUGGUUCUUUGAAAGCUGAGAGGUGAGAGACGUGGGCUGCAUCGUCUCCUUGGUAAUCGGAGACCUCAGAGCCUCUAUGGAGCCUUCCCCGAAAGCCAGCCACAUUCCUUCAUUCUGCCCUCACCCAGGGCAGAAGCAGAGGAGGGCAAUCUGGUGCCUGGGGAGAUUUCAUGGAAAAUCUGUCACACAGGUGUGCUUUGGCCUGGGUGUCGCGGGCUCUGGGGUAGGAGCCUACUGUUGCCCUCAGCCCUGGCUGCCCCCCCCCCCGCUCUGUGGAGCAACCACAGGGGGCGCUGCAGGUCAGGGUGCCUGGGGAGGCGGGUGUGGGGGGCUUAGGGUAAGGGGCUCCUGAGAUCACGGCCCCACGGGAGCACAAGGCUGGGAUGGGCAGGGACCACAGAGCUCACCUUGGAGACGCCCUCUUUUACUCUGCACGAUGAAAACAGGCUUUUUCUAUCAGCAACACGGAUCGCCCAACCAAGAACUAUUCCCAGCAAACUGCUGACUUCAGAAGUUCCUUCGUGAUAGAGUUGAUAUUUGCUCAGUACCUGGCUCAAGUAAACUCUUGUUGGCACCAAUCACGGAAGUUGAACAGUAAAGGAC